AAAGCUUGUCUAUUAUUCUUCAUUCACUCCUUCAUGAACUUUCCAAGACCCUCAUCCUCUUCAUUUUACCGCAGCUGACCCCUUUCAAACUCGUCUCACCUGGCAAAAAAGCCCCUCCCUCAAACUUCCCCCUCCAGCUAUGUGCGCCAACUAAACCGCGGACCGCUUGAACCACCCUGAUUCAUGCACCCCUUUUCCAUCCUCACCCUUGGGAUCUUUGUCGCGGGAUACAUCACCGCUCGGUGGGACCUUGUAACCCGCCUGUACGAAUUGGCCAUUUUUGCGUGGGACCACGGUGUUGUGACAAGGACUCUGAAAGGAUUCUUGUUUCUCUCCGUCUUUUUCUUCCUCUUGGUUCUGCCAAUUAAUCACCUGGCGUCAAGAGAGGGGAGUCUGCACCCGCGCCACGUGAAUCUCGGUGUCUCCGCACGAGAACAGCUACGCCGCCGAGGCUCGUUCUAA